GAGGCAAUUACAUUUAACAAAAUUAUUAAAAAUAUUUAAUUAUGUGCACGUUUAAACUAUAUUUCAAUUGAAAACAAAUUAUUUAUAUUCCAAUUAUGUGAUAUGUUAAUAAUUCAUCCGUGAGAAGUACCAUGUUUUUUUAUAUUGAUCUGCGAGAGAGAGAGAGAUAAAGUUGACAGAAUAAAAACAAAAGGCAUUCAAAUUAAAUAUUAAACAAACGACAUAAAAAUGAUUGUUUCAGCAUAUUUAAAUUAUGCUCAUAAUCAUAUUUAUAUUUUUAUAAAACAAUUUAUCCGGGAAAAGUAAAAUGUUUGAAUGAAGAUCAGUGAGAGAGGAAGAGUACGAGUCAAAGAUCAAUGUGAGGAGAAAAUGCAAGGAAACGUCAUGAAGAUUAUUACCUCUUAUACGGGUAUUUAGACAAUAAUUAACAUAAAAUUAAAUUGCUCCUAUUUUUUAGUUUAAAUAUAUUUAAAAUUUAAUAAAUUUUGUGAAAAAGUGCAUUUUUAUUAUUAAUAUCUGAGAGAGAACACAUAUACUGUGAGGGGCACAAUGCAAGCCAAUGAAAGUUAACACCAACUUGCAACAAAGUUUAAAAAAUCAUUAAAGAAGAAUUAAAAAAAUAUAUUUAUAUUUUAUUCAUUUCAAGCACGAUAACCAUGGUUAUUUGCCGCUUAUGCCUGAAUGAAUGUAGAGAUUUCAAAAAUCUUUACAAUGAUGAUGAUCAAUGCAAUGAACUGCAUCUGUUGCUGUGCAGAUAUUUUCAUCCACAGACCUUAAAUAUGGAAGAAGCCAAACAUCUAAGAUGUAUAUGUCUGGAAUGUUUUCGGCAUAUUGUGGAUUUUAAUAGCUUUCAAGCUUCUAUUAAUUUAGCUCAAUUAAAACUUUUAGAUACUGGACAAACAGGGGAACCAGUGAAAUUAGAAUCCCUCGAUUUGAACACGUCAAUUGAAACAAAAAGCUUUAAUCAAACUAACGACAUGGUUGUUGGGCAGAAUGAAAUUUCCAAUAAAAUCGAAUUGGAAACCAAGUUUCUUUGUGGAACACAUGGAUAUCCAAUGCCUCAUAAUAAUUCUCUGGAUGAAGAAACAUCCAAUGGUCUUUUGAGAGAGAAUAACACUUCCCUAGGGAAUUCUAACACCAAGUCACAAAAGACUAAUAUUUCUCGUAAAGAACUUUGUAAAAACAAGCUAGAUUUAAAAAUGUUCACAUGUGAUCAGUGCAAGCAAACUUUUGACCACAAGAGACAAUUACUGCGGCACAUUCGGUACACACAUCAUUCCAAGAGAAACCCGCCUGAAUCAUCUAAAAAUGAAUCUAACCAAACCCCAUUAAGUCGCUUGCCCCAAAACCAAAGCAAAGAACUAACAAAACUUGAACCCAUUUGCCAUACAAAUGAAAAUUCUCCCCGAAUUAACAGAAGAAGAUUUUCGAAUGCCUUUAUUUAUACAUUUACCAAAAAUAUUUAUAAAACUAACAAAUCACCAUCGAAGCGGCAUCAAUGGACACCGGAAAAAGAACUGAGUCCCAAUAUUUCCAAUAAAACAACACCAAAUGGUCUAUAUUGCUGCGUGCAUUGCUCGAAAAUAUUUACCAAUUAUUCCAAGUAUAGUAGUCACACUGUGCUCAAACAUAAUACCAGGCAUAUUUGCGCAACAUGUGGUCUUACAUUCGAACAACGUACCCACUACCGGCAUCAUAUAUUGCAGCACAAAAAUGAGGAUGUUGUUAUAACGAGUAAUUGUUCGACGACUACAACUGAGAAUGGUAGUGAAAGUAAUGGCAUUGUACAUGUCAAAAUUGAACAAGAAUCAGGGAGUGAUGAGGAGAUAUUUACUUUAAGAUAUGAUACAGAUUAAUUAUUGUUAGAAGAAAUAUAUAUAUAUAUAAUUUUUACAGGGAACUUACAUUGUUAUUGAAGUGUAUAUACAAACCUUUUUGGUUGUGUUAUAUGUAAAUAAAACAAAUUGGUUAAAAAACAAA